AUGCUUAACUUGCACUUUCUGCUAUUCACUUUCCAUUUGGUGUUCUCCGUUAAUGCAACGCCAAAUUACUGCGAGAAAUUGGACGCAAAUACAGAUGUUAUAACGCUGCCCCACACAAAUCAACAUAUAACCGUCGCCUGCUCGAGGGGUUGGAUUGUGCUGCAGAGGCGAAUUAAUGGAUUUGUGAAUUUUCAGCGUAAUUGGGACGAUUACAAGUGGGGCUUCGGUGAAUUGUACGGGGACUAUUGGCUAGGCCUGGAGAAGGCUCAUCGUUUGACCUCAUCGCGACAAUUUCAUCUCAAAAUAGAAAUAGAGAACUGGAAGGGUAAGAAGGGUGAAGCCUACUAUCCAGUUAUUGUCAUUGGCUCUGAAAAUGAAAAAUACCGAAUAACCCAGUUGGGUGUUGCCCGAUUAUAUGGCAUAAGUAGUGACAACUUUGGACAACACGCGCAUACAGAAUUUCAGGUGGACACCCCCUGCGCUAAGAUGCUAUUUGCUGGCUGGUGGUGGCGCAAUUGCUAUUCGACAAAUCUGAACAGUCUUUAUGCAUUUGGUGAUGACCGCUUGAGGCCGUGUCCAAAGUGCAUUAAUUGGUUAGGAUUUUAUUCUGAGGUGCCCCUAAAGUAUGUGCAAAUGACAAUACAAGUUGCUGAUGCAGACGCAGGUCGGAGAAGUAAACAUUGAAUAUUACAUAAAUAAAUGUUAACCAAGAAAUUAUGCAUACUAACAGUUA